GUCACAUCCCGCUGUACGUACAGAGGCGGAAGCCGGUGCCAUGUUGAGGAAAUCAGUUCUGGGCGAAGUUCACUAACAAAAAAGGGGAUAAAAAUUAAAACAUAAUCAGAUUCCGGGGGUGAACAUGGAGUUUCCCGGCGGCAGCGACAACUACCUGACGAUCCCCGGGUCGGGCCAUCCCUUCCUCUCCUCCGCUGAGACCUUCCACACUCCCAGCCUCGGCGAUGAGGAGUUCGAGAUCCCCCCCAUCUCUUUGGACCCGGACUCGGCCCUCACCGUGUCCGAUGUGGUGUCCCAGUUCGGGGAGCUGUCGGACUCCGGGCCCUCCGACAGCGUGGUGGCCCCCGGGAACGCGGUGGUGGAGGGGGACGACCCCUCGUUCGCCUCCACCUUCGUGAACGCCGCCUCCCAGGGGCUGGAGCACCUGACCCUGGGCGUCAUGAACCAGUCGGGAGGAAGUGCUCUGCUGGGGUCAUCGCUGGGAAUGGAUCUCGGCCAUCCCAUCAGCUCCCAGUUCGGCAGCUCGUCCCCAGUGACCAUUGACGUCCCACUGGGGGACAUGAGCCAGGGCCUGCUGGGCUCCAACCAGCUGACCACCAUAGACCAGUCUGAGCUCAGCGCCCAGCUGGGGCUCGGACUGGGAGGAUGCAACAUACUGAAACGCUCCCACUCGCCCGAGCACCCGCUGUCGGCCACGGCGUCGCCCACCAGCUCGCUGCAGGACGACGACAUGGACGUCUUCAAACGAAGCGUCCUGGUGGAGUCUCCGGUGUCCAUGGCCGUCUCCUCUGGGGUCAUCUCCCUCGACCCCUCCAUGUCCGAUUCGUCGUUCUUCACGCAGACCACGUCUCCAGCCUUCCUUCAGAAAACAGGAAGAGCAGUAGUGAAGCUGGAGAAGAUUCCGAAAGACCCCAACAAGCCUCAGAAACCGGUUUCGGCGUAUGCCUUGUUCUUCAGGGACACGCAGGCGGCGAUUAAAGGACAAAAUCCCAACGCUACGUUUGGAGAAGUCUCUAAGAUCGUGGCGUCCAUGUGGGACAGCCUGGGGGAGGAGCAGAAACAGGUUUACAAGAGGAAGAACGAAGCAGCAAAGAGGGAUUACUUGAAAGCGCUGGCGGAGUACAAAGCCGGCCACAGUUCUCAGGCUCCCAUCGAAGUCAUGGACACCGCCCCCUCGCCUCCACCUCCAGCUCCGUCAGCCGCGCCUGCCCUCGCCCUUCGCUCCACCAGGUCCCAGCAGUACAACCCAGAGGAGAACACCAUCACCAACAUCUGCACCUCCAACAUCAUCCUGGACCUGCCGCAGGUCACCACGCGCUCCCGCACCGGCGCCAACAAACCCCAACCUCCGCCUGCCGCCCCGAACCCCCCCACCGUCACAAAGAUCAUCAUCAAACAGACGCAGUUGCCCUCCGGCGCCGUAUCGGUCACGGCGACGGCUGCCUCGUCGCCUCGCCAGCCGCCUCCUCUGCAGCAGAUGCAGAGCACGCCGCCCCCGCCUCGGCUGCAGCAGAUGGUCCACGCCCAGGCUCCUCCCCCUCUGCAGGCCAAGCCGCGAGGCGGGGGUGCAGCGGCGGCGGCCACUGCUCCUCCACCGCUUCAGAUUAAGGUCGUCCCAUCGUUGCGACAGUCGGAUUCAAUCACACCAAUGAUUAUGACGGCGGGGGGGGAAACGCCUACGUCCCCGACACUGAUGAUGGAGCUGGGACAGUCGGCUGCAGUGGUGACAGGACGAGAGGAAGCGGCAGAUGUGGAAGAAGGGAUGGAGGUGGAGGUGAACGUUGCCCCCGGCCCAAGCCUGACUCCGGCCUCCAGUCCCGACAUGUGCCAGCGAGCCGGCUGCACCAACCCGGCUGUGGAGAGCACCGACUGGGACAAGGAUUACUGUAGCAACGAGUGUGUCGCCACGCACUGCAGGGACGUGUUCAUGGCCUGGUGUGCGAUCCGAGGGCGGAGCUUCACCACCGUCACAUAGGGGGAGGCCCAGCUGACGUCACAGUGAUGCACAGAGACAAAGACAAAGAUGAUACAUGAAAUGCAAAUGAACAGAGGAAUAACUGAAUGAGUGGAUGAAAGCCAGAUCGGGCUCAGGUACCUGCGGUGGUGUUUUUUGUUGUUUUCCCAUCGUGUCCCGUCAGAUGGGAGAACAAACAGGAAGUGGUUUUCAAAGUGUUAUGAUGAACUCUCCUGAACGACUUCAGCUGAAUUUUUUUUUUUUAAAUACAUCAGUCGGGACUGACGGCUCAUAAUGAGAUGAAUGGAUAAUUUAAUAAUAUGGAUGGACACAGAAAGAGAGACUCUGCUCUGCUGCUCCGGUCUAUUGAUCAUGUGUUGUGAAUUUAAAAUAUGGACUUGAGGAAAGAAAAAUCUAACAUUUUAUAUGUGCUUAUUGUGUUUUUAAUUAUUUUGAAAAAGGUAAAAAGUGCAGGAAGGAAAUUGUGAUCCUGCAAAUGUGUUUCAGUUUAUUAUAUUGAUUUAAAGAAAUUCUUUACUGUCACACUGGGGGCAUUUUUUAUUCAGUUAUUUAUGGGGCGUUUCUGCGUUGACGGGCCGGAGGAUUCUACUCAGUCCAGAUUUGAACAACCAACAAGUGGGCCAAGCACAAACCGUCUUAAAGCUGAUCUGGAGUCGGACAAUGGGGUAAAAAAUAGUAAUUUUGAGUCAAAAACUGUGUCACCUUUAAAAGCCACGAUGGUGGAAACUGGAAACUUUUAAAAAACAGGUGCUAAGAUUCAGGGACAGAAAUCCCACCGAGGUUCUGUGUGCUCCUCCGCUGCUGAAACACCCGGUGAAGAGGGGUUUUACUCAUGUGGUGCUUCUUUUGUGUUAUGAGGAACAUUUGUGGUGGAAAAAAAUAUCAAUAUUGGAGUGAAACGAACACACACCAGCUCUGACAACACUACUUCCUGUGAGAGGAAAGGGAAUAAGAGGAGAAGCUCUUUGAACAUGACGAAGAACAAACUGUUCCCAGAUGAAAUGAUGCAGAAUCUGGUUUAUUGUAGAUAUCCUGGGAAUGUUAUCAAUGGUGAAAUAAAAUAUUUUAUGUUUUAAUAUA